AUGUUGAGGGGAUUUUCAGUUUCACGCGUUUUGAAUAAAACCGAGACAUUCCUGAGGACCGUCUCCUGCUCGCCAAUCACAGAUAAACUAGCACCUCAUGCAGUUCCCCUCCGUUGGCAUGUCAAAAUGUACGCGUUUUGGUCUUUUAUUCCGAACGCGAACUUCCUCGUCUGCCCGUAUUUCCAAAGUGGCGGAAUGUUGAGUUUAUCUCACUUCAACCUGGUCCUGAGGAAAAAGUUUUGCACUUUGGACAAUCCUGAGUUAGAAAGAUCACCGGAUACCGACGAGAUUGAUGAUGUCGGAAAGGUCCAUAAAACGGUUUUGGAUUACUCGAAACCCGAGUACAAAAUGGAGUGGGCCCUCGAUAAACUAGGAGUCGGGCUAACGACGCCUCUAGUGGUGGAGGUCCUGAACAGGCUCCGUUUUGAGGAGAAACUAGCUUUCAGGUUCUUCACUUGGGCGGGCAACCACGGAAGCUACACCCAUGAACCCGAAUCGUACAACAAGAUGAUCGACAUCCUGUCCAGCACCAAGAACAAGGUGAGACAGUUCCGGAUAGUUUGCGACCUUUUGGACCACAUGAAACGGGCUCGGAAAAACUCGGUCCCGAUCGAUGUCCUCUUGAACAUAUUGCGAAAGUACACAGAAAAGCACCUGACCCACCUCCACAAAUUCGCGAAAAAGAAGAAGAUCCGAGUGAAAACUCAGCCCGAGAUUAACGCGUUCAACCUGCUGCUCGAUUCCCUCUGCAAGUGUGGCCUCAUGGGCGAGGCUGAAGCCAUGCUGGGCCGGGUCCGGGCCCGGGUAAGCCCGAAUGCUGACACGUACAAUGUCAUGUUCUUCGGGUGGUGUCGAGCGCGGGACCCGGUGCGAGGCAUGGCUGUGCUGGAGGAGAUGGUCGAAGCAGGCCACGGGCCCGAUUGCUUCACAUACAAUGUGGCUGUAGACACCUUCUGCCGGGCUGGAAUGUUAUUGGAGGCCCGCAGGCUGUUGGAGUUCAUGCAGGCCCACGGGUCGGCCCAGUCAUCCCCGACUGCCAAGACGUAUGCCAUCCUGAUGGCGGCUCUCGUCCAGAAUGACAGGCUGGACGAGUGCUUCGAGAUCCUGGCCGAGAUGAUCGGGAGUGGGUGCCUUCCGGACAUGGCUACGUACAGAGAGAUAAUGGAUGCCAUGUGUCUUGGCGGGAAAAUCGAGGCGGCGUACAGGUUCUUGGAGGAAAUGGGUCGUGCGGGAUAUCCGCCCGAUAUAGUCACCUACAACUGUUUUCUCAAAGUUUUGUGUGAUAACAAGAAUAAAGAUGAGGCCUUUAAGCUUUACGGUAAAAUGAGUGAGUUGGGUUGCGUGCCGAGCGUGCAGACAUACAAUAUUCUGAUCGAGGUGUUUUUCGGGUGUGGUGAUGUGGAUGGGGCGUUUGGGAUUUGGGACGAGAUGGAGAAGAGGGGGUGUAUGCGGGAUAUGGAUACGUAUUGCGUGAUGGUUGAGGGGCUGUUUGGGUGUGGGGAAAACCGGGACGCGGUUUUUCUGUUGGGUCGGGUGGUGGAUAUGGAAAUGAAAUUGCCUUACAAGAAAUUCGAUUUGUUUCUGUCGAGGCUGUCUGAGAUCGGGGAUCUGAGGGCGAUCCAGAGGCUGUCUGAGCACAUGAGGAAGUUUUACAAUCCCGCCAUGGCAAGGCGUUUUGCUUUGAACCAGAGACGUAAGAGCAUGAGCAUAAGAGGGAGGUGA